GAUCUACAUGUAAUAUUUAAAGAAAACACUUUCAUAAGCCUGCUAAGAGUCUACGUGUCGUUUUUAGUAUUUUACGCUGGCCUGUAUGUUUUGACCAACAGGACAUUGCCUUAUUUUGGGAGUCUCUGUGAUAACCUGUGGGUCGCUUUUGGGUUAUUCGGUUUUAUUGCCCCAAUAAAUGUCGGAAAUAAGUGUUUACUCUUACAGGAAGUCAUUGUAUCCGAAAAGAAUGUUUAGUGCUAUAAAAGGUUUUACACUGUCCGUUUGUCUAUGUCUGUUGUGUACCAGUCUGCUCAUCCGGCUCAAAAAGGCAAUUAAAAGGAUAAACCAGCACUUCCUUUCCCUUAAUUGGUCGUUUCAUUUUUAAACGAAGCCUAGUUUAAAUUGGAGUUCUAAACGGUUUCGUCUUCUAGCUCGUUAGGGAGGUAUAGAGCUAAAAUAAAGAGCUAAAAUGUGUAUUAUGUGUGGUUCCAAUGUCACACGUCUUUACAGUAAAACAUUUCAGAUUAUCAGCAUGUGUAAAAGUGUAAAACGGGAGAGAACAGGGGGAAACGUUUCUAGAUGACAACAGAAUCGUUCCAUCUUUCCUUUUUUUAACGAAAAAAGAUGGCGUCUUCCAGGCUACUGCUAGGGAAAAGCAAUAAACUCCCAGUUGUUUAUGAAAAUUUACAACUUUGUGGUAGAAGUUUAUGUGUGGCUGUGGCCUGUGAUUGGCUGGGCGCGGUCACGUGGUCAGCUCCCUGUGAACAUGAACUUUUUAUGAUUUCCCAAGUGGUUAUAAUGCAGCAUUCUUUUGGUCAGGGCGCAGUCAGUAACACCUCUGUCUUUCUCUGCGUUGUUAAUAUUAAGCAACAUACAUUUAACUUUUAAGUGAUCGAGCGAAGUGUGAAGGUGGAUGAAGCCACAUCUCCAACGCAGCGCUAGUAAAGAUCACCCUUAGAGAAAAAGGGUGGAUCAAAAGUCAUUGACGCUGGACUACCCUUUUUGUUUCGUUUACUUGCCGUUUUUAUUUGACGUACUGGAUCACUGGGUUACACACGAGGACUCGGAGAAUCGAUGAGAUUGCCUGAUUCAUGUGGAAAAUCCGACAUACUGCCGUAGAACGCAAAAAGCAUCAAGGCAUCAGGUGCUCCAAGGAAACAGUGGUGAGGUAGACACGGAGGACAGUCCGAAGGGAAAGAACAAAAAUGAAUCAGACCAGGCUUUCCCCCCGCGUGACUUUGCACAGAAAAUCUCAAGUGGACGGGUUUGUUGGUCGCCAGUCAAGAGGCCUCUGGAAGAAAGCGGUCACGUGACCUGAGAUGCCAGUGUUUUCUCAGAAGCUCAAACAGCCCCGAUGAAACCCUCACAGGCAAUGCAGAACGAGUCAUACACCAUCACCUCCAGUGACUCCUUUCAGGGUGACAGCACAUUAGGAUAUAGUGAUACGACAAAAUCUUCCCUGUCCAUGGCACCUCGGGAAAACCACCAACAAAAGGAUGUUUGCUCAUUACUUUACCUUGGAAACGACAUACCGAAUCUCUUAAAGAAAAACAACAAGGACUGUAAGCGGCUCAACAUUCGCAGUCAGUUUUUCCAAAGCCAAACAGCAUCACCCAUUCAACUCUCUGCACCGCCAACAAACAGCUCCUCUCUGCACAUCGACAGUAUGAGCGCUGCUUUAAAACUGAACCUUACUUCUGACGGCAGGCAGAUCUUUCCUUGGAUGACAGAGUCCAAGAAAAGAUCCAAACAGAAAAGUCCCAACUUCUGCGAUACAUCUGUUGAUGGUGGCUCCAAACGGACUCGUACUUCCUACACAAGUGCCCAGUUAGUGGAGCUGGAGAAAGAGUUCCACUUCAACCGCUACCUGUGUAGGCCGCGGCGCCUGGAGAUGGCCAACCUGCUAAACCUUACUGAGAGGCAGAUCAAGGUCUGGUUCCAGAACAGAAGAAUGAAGCAUAAGAAAGACAAUAAACCAAAAAGAAAACCACCCUCUUCUGUUAAAAACCCUCUAUCCGUUGCCAAUAAUUCUAAAUACGCACUUGAACCAUCUCCUGAACACACUUGCACAAAUUUUCCCAGUGAUCUGUUUUGUAUGAGCCACGUUCUCCAAAAUCACAUGGGUUCUUGGUGUCACGCGCAGAAAAUUAGACCUACAAACGACCCACGCUCUCCAUUUGUAACUGGUGGAGAUGGUGUGGUCUUCAGUGAACACGGUUGUUCGACCUAUGUGGAGGGUCCUUUUCUAGCACCCCCCGCGUCCCAAACACACCGGUUUAGUUAUUUUACACAAAUUGCUUCUCAAAAUCCGGUUGAUCAGGACAAAGCUGCUCUGAAUCACAAAUCAUCGCCCUCCACGUUCCGUAGUGGACAGCGAACACAGCCUCACCUCUGAACCUCCUUCUCACACAAAAAAGUGUUUUAUCUGUCUAAUGCAAUACAAAAAAUAAAACGUUAUUAAAAUAUAAAUGUUUAUAUUAUUUAUACCGUAAGCAGAUAUACAAUACCACACUUCACCACAUAAUUGUUUAUUUAACGUAGUAAACUGCUAAAUAAAUUAAUGUAUGGACAAAUAAAUGUACCAUGUGCAAAACUUAUCGAUUGUAAAACGUUUUUUUUUUCAAUAUGUUAAAUUCUGAAAAUAAUCAGGAAUGUCGUCAAAAAGUGCAGCAAAAGAUGUAAUAUUUAAAGUUUUACAGUUAUUUCGUGUAGAGGAUUUCUUUAAUUGUUUUCAGUUAUAUAUAUAUAUAUCGUAUCUGUUGCUUGCUUAAUCUAAUAAUUAAUGUAGAAAUCAAUAUAAAUUAUUUGUCGUUUAGUAUUUCUGAUCUAAGUUUGUGCAGCUUCUUGAAAAUCCUUAUCCGUUGUGUCUUUCAAAAUCAUCUAAACUGUAAGUUGAAAGCUUUAUCAUCCACCAGAACCUGCGCUUCUCCAUAAACAGGGAAUGGUUAACAGGGACAAUUUUUUGUGUAGUCUGGGCCAUUGGUCACUACUCUAAAUUCGUUCAGACCUAGCUUUAUAAGCAGCCCACGUUAGAUUGUAAUUUCCACAUUUAUAAAAUAUAUCACAUCAACUUGUUCGUUUUUUCAGUUCACGUAUGUUUGUCAUUAACUGUGUUCAUUUAAUAUAUUUUAAUCGUACAGUAAUUAUUCACACAUUUGAAGGAUUUGGUGCAUCACUUGUUUUAGCUUAUAACUUAUACUGUUUUUACAUUUCCCCUUAAAUUUACACGAUUAAUGUGGGAACUGGUUGCAAGAAACUCAAGUGUCUUACACCAACACAGUCCCUGCCUAAAUUCGUGCACUUAAUGGAAGCAACUGUGUUGAUGUAACACCAUUCAUUCUUUUGCAAGAAUUUUCAGCGUUCAAAUAUAAAUUUCAAUUUUUCAUUUUAACAUCCCUGGAGGCGUAAAAUAGCCCUCCUGUUGAAAGCAAAGUAAACACGCUGUAAAUCAACUAUUCUGAAUACACUAUCCACGAAA